CUGAAGUGAAAGUGAUAAACUGAAGCGGGAAUGAUUAUAUUGAAAGUAGAAAGGGGAAUAUUUGAGAAUAAACACUAAAUUGAGUCCACGAUGGAGAAGUUUACAUUUCCCCAGAAGAAAUUGGACAGUUUAUUUGAUGACAAGCAAAAAGAACAACAACAACAGACGUCAACUCUUCCGAAACCUAAUUUCCAAAAGUCUUUGAAACUUUUAGAUGAAGCAGUUAGUUCCCCUGUUUAUUCCCAGAGAUUUCAGCAGACGCCAAAAUCCGGUAUUCUACGAAAUACGUCCUUUACACCUAAAUAUGCUUCUCCUAUACCAGGUCCUAAAUUUGAUUUAUCAGCUAUUGGUGCAUCACCUGGUGGAUAUGGCUUACAGAGUGAGAGUAUGAUCACUAACUACAUGUCUCAAGGUCAUCAUUCACAACUCAAUUCAAUGCUGGCCGAAGAUAUAACAACUACCAAUGUUUCUCUACUGAUUGAAGAUGAUCCCGGAUUAGCAGCAUCAUCAGGUGUAUAUCGUGAUUUUUACGAGUGUAUUAAAUCAAACCCAUCCAAUAUGCAGGUGUUUGAACUAAUGUCAGAUUGUGAAACAGUUUGUACGGACCAAGUUCUUCUCCUUAAAAAACUUGUUAACAGAACAACGAGAAAUACACAACAAAAAUUAAAGAAGACGUAUGAUACGUUAGAGUUAUUAUACAGUGAGAAAUGUACGUGGCAGUUAUUACGAUCUCUUUAUAAAGAUAGAUUAUCAGAUCACGAUUCUCCACAUGAAGAAAAGAUGGUACUAGAUACUCCAGGAAAGAUUGACAAUAAGAGUGACGAGAUGAUUAUUGAUGAAUUAUUUGAGAAGACGCCAUGGAUACGACAAGCUCAGCUGGUUAUUGAUUGGUUGGAAAGUUCCUCACUGGAUAAUCUCGACAUGUUUUCAGAUAAUGUUCAAUUCUUCUCCGAUCAAGCUGUAGCGUGGGAGAAUACUCUACAUGCGUUAAAAAGAAAAAAAGAAGGAAGAAUUACUAACACAACCAGAGCUUUUGUUGAUGAACUUGAUCCAGACGCCCCAAUACGACAGAAUAAAAGUCUGGACGAUCUAGAUAAAGAAGAUGAAUUACGAUUAUUACAACAUAUGUUUGUCUGUAUACGAGCUGGACAACUGGAAAAGGCCCAGGAAGUUUGUCGUAAUUGUGGUCAAUCAUGGAGAGCGGCUACGUUAGAAGGUUGGCGACCGUUUCAUGACAGUAAUUAUCAGAAAUUAGGGGAAGGGGGACAGGUGGAAUCGGUUCAGGGGAAUCAGUAUCGAGAUAUCUGGAAGUUGGUCUGUUGGAGAAUGAGCAAAGAGGGUAAAUUCAGUCCGUAUGAGAAGGGUAUUUAUGGUAUUAUGAGCGGUAAUUUAGGGGCUGUGUUACCUGUGUGUAAAACAUGGCAGGAUUAUUUAUGGGGAUAUUUUAAAGUUAUGGUAGAUACGCAGGUUGAACGGGAAGUUAGAAUGAGUACAACGUCUCCCCGUAGUUUUGAAGAUUUACCACAAGAAUAUUGGGAUAGAUUGAUGAAACCAGAACAAGUUUUCUCGGAAAUUGAGGCCAGUUUAGAUGAGAAAAUUCAGCAAGAAUCUCGAAUGUGGUUUAAUAUAAUACAGAAAUAUAUCAUACUAGGAGAUAUUGGUAGUUUAAUUGAGGUGAUGUUUACAUGGAUUCAAGCUGAUUCUAAACGUUUACCUCAACAUUUAAUACGAUUUAUGGCUCAUCUUGUUCUAAUUCUACGUAAAAUAACUGAUAUACAACAUAUCGAUAAAGCCAACACAAUUCUCGAAACUUACAUAGAAAUCCUCAUCAAAAACAACAACAAACAACUUGUAGCUUUUUACGUUUCUAAUCUACCAAAGAAAUCACAGAUCAACUGGUAUGCUAAAUUCCUUGAAGGUAUAGAAGAUAAAUCUGAGAGACAACAUGUAUUACGUCUAGCUGAAGACGAAGAUCUUGAUAUCCCACUCAUUACUAAAACUGUUGUUGAAAAUAUACGACAUCGUGAAGGGUCGGGAACACCUUCUGGAACAGACAUUACUGACGAAGAUCGUGAGAAGAUAGAAGCCAUUGAUUGGUUAGUUUUUGAUCCGAAGCAGAGAGGAGAAGCGGUGAAACAAGCCAACGCUGUGAUGAGAUCUUUUAUUGCCGUAAAGAAACAUGACGCUGCUAAAGAAGUGUUUAAUAAAUUACCUGUUGAUACAAUAGAUAUAAUAAUUAGACAACAAACUCAGGCAGGAAGUGAGAUGUUAAAACCAGAUGUUCAGAAUGCUGUUAGAGAAUAUAUGUGUAUAAAGGCUUACUUGGAUGCAGUUGAUGGAUUCAAUGAUUGGUUUACAUUCUUCCAUCAUGCUAAACCACAGAAACCGAACUUGACGAUGGAAGCUACUUUUACAGAUAAAGUGGCCUAUGAACAUAGAAUAAGACAAUAUGAAACAGAACUGGAUAGAUGGAGACACAACUUGACAUCUCAAACAAAGAUCAGUAAAGAGCGUAUCUAUAAUAUUUUAUUAUUUACUGACGGAGGUUGGAUGGUUGAUAAAGCUGUGGAUGAUACAGCUGAUGAUGGAAGAAAAGUACAGAUGGACCGACUCCGUGAACUACAUAUUCCUGGUCUGUGUUUUAAUCUACAUCACAUGUUACAUUCUACGGAGAUGUACGCUGAUUGUCUUCAACUAGCGGAUUACAUAGCAUCAGAACAAUACAGGUUGUAUAAGGAGUUCAGUAGUGAAGAUUUAAAGACGUUACUUCGUCAUUUACAGGAAUCAUCCUUAAAACUUCUGGAUAAAAACAAAGAUCCCCUUGGUUACGAACUUGUUUAAGGAUAUUUAUCAUUGUAAAUAAUUGUAUAAUCAAAAUUAUCAUUCAUAUUGUCUGCUUCAUCAAUAGAUAUAUCUCCAAUAGGCCAUGGUUCUAAUGGUUCCUGUAUUCCAAAAUCCAUGUCUGCUGGUCCAUGUUUCCAAUGGUUCCUUUGUGCAAUGGUCCAUGUUGUCGGUUGUCCAUGCAUCCAUUGGUCCAUGUUGCCAGUUGUCCAUGCAUCCAUUGGUCCUUUGUGCAAUGGUCCUUGUUGCUGGUGAUCCGUGUUGCCAGUUGUCCAUGCAUCCAAUUGUCCAUGUUACCAUGAUUCAUGUGUCUUUUGGUCCAUGAGUCAUGUUACCAGUAGUCCAUGUUGAAAGUGGUCCAUGAGUCAUGUUGCCAGUAGUCUAUGAAUCAUGAUUAUUAAUGUAUGUAAAUGAGAUAUUUUACUAUCUAACUGUCAUGUAAAGAUUAUUCAUCACCAAAACAGCCAUUGAAAAAUGUAAUGUUCACAACAUCUAUUUGUAAAUAUCAGAUAAUUUUAAGUAAAAUUAUUUUGUUAGGUGA